AUGGCUGUCAAUGAGAGUGGUCCAAUGUUUUUAAAGUCAAUAGAUGGAUCUGGUGAGAUAAAGGACAAAGAUUUUAUUGCUAAACACAUGAGAGAUGUAAUUAUGGAGGUUGGAUCAAAAAAUGUGGUACAAAUUAUAACUGAUAAUGCAGUUGUAUGUAAGGCAGCAGGUAUGCUUAUAGAAGCAGAAUUUCCUUCAAUCUACUGGACUCCUUGUGUAGUGCAUACAUUGAAUCUUGCAUUGAAAAAUAUUUGUGCAGCAAAAAAUUGUGAAAGAAAUAAUGAUACUUAUAAAGAAUGUUUUUGGAUCACACAAAUUGCUGAUGAUGCUACAUUUAUCAAAAACUUUAUUGUGGGGCACUUUAUGAGAUUGUCAAUGUUCAAUACCUUCAACUCAUUCAGGUUGCUUUCUGUUGCUUCUACAAGAUUUGCUUCAACCAUUAUCAUGCUCAAAAGGUUUCAACGUUUGAAGAAAGGACUUCAAGAGAUGGUUAUUAGUGAUGAUUGGUCUUCUUAUAAAGAGGACAAUGUGGACAGUGCACAAUUUGUGAAAGAAAAUUUAUUGAAUGAUAAUUGGUGGAUGAAGGUUGACUACAUACUUGCUUUUACUGCUCCUAUUUAUGAUGUUCUCAGAAAAACAGAUACAUAUAUGGCUACUCUUCACUUGGUAUAUGAAAUGUGGGACUCAAUGAUUGAAAAUGUUAGAAAGAUCAUAUACCAACAUGAAAGGAAGACAGAAGUUGAACAUUCAUCCUUUUUUGAGGUGGUAAAUUCAAUAUUGAUUGAUCGUUGGACUAAAAGUAGCACAUCUCUUCAUUGCCUUGCUCAUUCUUUAAAUCCAAGGUAA